UCCCCAAUUCAUCAUCACAUCCACAAAUGGAAGCCCUCACAUUUCCUACAAAAAUCUCAAAUUCUCGCUCCCCUCUCUUGCCUCAUCUUCACUAAACCCUCGGCAUCCGCUGCAAAGUUCGACGACGAGCUUGCCGCCGCCGCCGUCCCAAAUCCUACAAGCACCGUCUCCGAAGUCAUUGCCGGCUUGGGAAUCUUUGGUUUGAGAAAAUUUUUGGGUAAUCGUUAUUUUAGAACCUGCAUCUCGAAGCUGAAUCAGUCAGAGGUGGAUUUGAUUAUUGAAAGUUUGAGUCUUGAGAGCCCGGAUUUGGCUUUCGGGUUCUUCAAUUUUUUGAGGAAUGAGUGUGACUUACGGCAUUCGAGGAUUGCGGAGUUUAUCGCUCAUGUAUUAGCGGCGAAUAGGCAGUUUCAGGAGUUGCGUUCGGUUGUAAAGCAAAUGGUGGAUGAAGAAGGCCCUGGUUUUGCACCUUCACUUUGUGAGCUGCUCUUGCGUAGAUUCAGGGACUGGGACUCAAUUAGUGUGGUGUGGGAUACGUUGGCGUUUGCUUAUUCGAGAUCUGAGAUGGUUCAUGAUGCCCUGUCUGUUCUUGCUAAGAUGAGAGAUUUGAAUUUGAAGGUUUCGACAUCUACCUAUAACUGCCUGUUGCAUAAUUUGAGGCAUACAGAUAACAUGUGGAAUGUUUAUAAUGAAAUAGAAGAUACUGGAACUCUGGAGAGUGACUACACUACUUCCAUACUUAUAGAUGGACUGUGCCAGCAAUCCGGUCUGCAAGAUGCAGUUUCUUUCCUCAUGGAUGCUGAAAGAACGGAGACUGGGCCUUCUGUUGUUUCUUUCAAUACCAUCAUGUCUUGGUCCUGUAAAUUGGGUUUUGUGGAUGUUGCGAAGUCGUUUUUUUGUAUGAUGUUCAAGUAUGGACUUGUUCCUGAUUUGUACAGUUAUAAUAUUCUGAUUCAUGGGUUAUGUGUAGCAGGUUCAUUGGAAGAAGCAUUGGAGUUCACCAAAGACAUGGAGAGGCAUGGGGUACAGCCUGACACGGUAACUUACAACAUUCUCUGUAAGGGGUUUCAUCUACUUGGUUUGAUGAGUGGAGCUCGCAAGGUCAUUCAGCAAAUGUUGGUUAAGGGGUUGAAUCCGGAUCAUGUUACAUAUACAAUUAUGAUAUGUGGCCACUGCCAUGUUGGCAACAUUGACGAAGCCCUUAAGUUGCGGAAAGAGAUGAUUUCAAGAGAUUUUCAGUUGAGUGUCAUUGUUUACAGUGUACCACUCAGCUGUAUGUGUAAAAGUGGACGGGUAGAAGAAGCAUUGGGAUUGUUGUAUGAGAUGGAAGCUGUUGGCUUGGAACCAGAUCUGACAACAUAUUCAAUCCUCAUUCAUGGUCUAUGCAAGCAAGGAGAUGUACAAAGGGCUUGGGAAAUAUAUAGAGAAAUGUACAGGAAGAGAAUCAUUCCUAAUUACUCUGCACACCGCGCUAUUCUGUUAGGUCUGUGUCAGAAAGGGGAUAUUUAUGAGGCAAGGAAGUAUUUUGAUCAUCUGACGACAAGGGCUGUGACAGAGGAUAUUGUGCUGUAUAAUAUUAUGAUGGAUGGGUAUGUAAAACUAGGUAAUGUUGCAGAAGCCAUACAAUUAUAUAAACAAAUAAUUGAGAAGGGAAUAAAUCCUAGUACUGUCACUUUCAAUACUCUUAUUCAUGGUUUCUGCAAAACUGGGAAACUAGUCGAGGCUCGAAGGAUGUUGGAUAGCAUCGAGCUGCAUGGAUUGCUACCAAGUCCAGUUAGUUAUACUACUCUUAUGAAUGCUAACUGUGAACAGGGAAACAUCAAGGUUAUGCUUGAAUUACUUCGAGAGAUGGAAGCAAAAGCUGUAGAACCAACUCAUGUAUCUUACACGGUAGGUAUUAAAGGACUUUGCAAACAGGGGAAGCUGUGGGAUGCUGUUCACUUAGUCGAGAAAAUGUAUGCUCAGGGCCUAACCCCGGAUCAAAUCACAUAUAAUACUAUCGUCAAAUGUUUCUGCAAAGCUCAAGACUUCGAGAAAGCUUUUCAGUUGCACAACGAGAUGCUGAUGCAUAAUCUUGAGCCAACUCCUGUUACAUAUAAUUUCCUUAUCAAUGGUCUUUGUGUAUAUGGUGGCCUAGAGGAUGCUGACAGGCUACUGGUUUCUCUCGAUGACGGCAAUAUCAAUUUGACAAAGUUUGCUUAUAGCACGUUAAUAAAAGCACAUUGUGCAAAGGGUGAUGUAUAUAGGGCUGUGGGACUCUUUCUUCUAAUGAUGGAGAAAGGAUUUGAGAUCUCCAUCAGAGAUUAUAGUGCUGUAAUUAAUAGAUUGUGCAAAAGGUGUAGGAUAACUGAAGCAAAGUACUUUUUCUGUAUGAUGUUAUCUGAUGGGAUUUUUCCUGAUCAAGAACUCUGUGAGGUGAUGCUUAAUGUUUUCGAUCAAGGUGGUGAUUUUGAUUCAGCAGCGGAACUCCUUGCUGAGAUGAUCAAAUUUGGCUUUCAUCCUGAUUAAUUCCUUGGGAAAGUUAUAUCUUUUAGCAUCGGGCGAUUUGACCAUUGGGAAAAGCUGUUUACUGGCUCAUAAAGAAAGUUCCGUUCACAAGAGGGCAGCUGAGAUUCAAUUGCUAAAACAAUUUGAGGAGCGGGAAAAGCGUCUCAAACCUUUGCUUUCUUCCUCUUAAACGAACACUCAUCCGAUUUUCAGGUUUACAACUUAGGAGCUAGGAUGUUCUUGGUGAAGAUAAGGCUUACAUAGCUGAAAGUUGAAACCAAGAGUUCUUAUACAAGAGUGCCGGCUAACCAGGAUGCUUCUACGCAUGCAGUCCUGCAUUUCAGGUGCGCCCAAGAGUUACUUUAAGAUCCUUGUGGAGUCUCGGGAAAAUGCUGAAAGAAAUGAUCCCAUCGCUGAAACCAAGAGUUGUCCUAAAAGUAGAAAACUAUCUACUGGAUUUGUGUGACAAUCUUCUCGUUAGUAUUUGAAAGAUGAAUGGGAAUCAUGUUGCCCCGGUGACAAUGAGGGCGGUUGCCUUUCUUUGCAUGUAGUAACCCAUGUGCGUCUCAGUCUUUCGCCUCAUUAACAACCAGCAAGGGGAGGCUAGUUCCCUGAGUUCUUAUGGAGGACAAUCGAAAGAGACGCGGCUAAGGUGAAUUUAUCAUCGGGCUCUUCUGCCUCAUAGGCAAGAACAAAAUACCAUUCAAUGUGAUCUGAAUAAUAAUUAUUUACUGAAAAGUUAAAGAGUCUCUUGGACUUUGAUACGAAAUGUAUGAAACGGUAAUAUAAAUAAUGGUAUUCUUUAUUGAAUAACCAUUUUUUAUUGGGAACUUUAAUGAAAAGCUUCCGGUACU